AUGCUCGCACGCGUCGUCGCUCUCGCGCUGGUCGCCGGUCAGGCGAGUGCCCUCACCCUCAACCCGCUGCGUCUCUUCAAACGCGGUGAGCAGGUGGCCGGCCUCAACAACCUGCUCGCUCGCCGCAGCGUCGUCAAGUACGCCGACAAGGCCGUGGGCUCGGACGUCACGACCAAGGCGCUCGAGGCCGCGAUCCUCGCGCCGAACCACUUCCUCAGCGAGCCGUGGCGCUUCUACCUCGCGGGCCCGGAGACGAAGGCCAAGCUCUGCGGCCUCAACGAGGACAAGCGCGCCAUGUUCGAGGGCGUGCCGGAGUGGCUCGUCCACGACCUCUCGGAGAAGCUCGGCCUCGAGGACCACGCGGCCGUGUCCUGCGCGAUCCAGAACUUCAUGCUCUCGCUCGCGGACGACGGCGUCGGCUCCAAGUGGAUGACGGGCGCGCUCGGCGCGGCGCCGGAGGAUGUCAUGGCCUGCGUCGGCGCGCCCGACGGCGAGAAGCUCAUGGGCGCCAUCUGGUUCGGCUACCCGGCCAAGGACCUCGCCGACGACGCCAAGUCGCCCCCUCGCAAGAAGGGCCUCGACGGCGUCCUCACGAACGUCGACGGCGGCGCCGCGACGUCGCGCCUCUUCUACGCGUCGCUCGUCCUGCUGCUCCUGCGCGACUUCCGCGGCUGUUUCACGCUCAACAUGACGCGGCGGCCGGCGGCGAGCGUGCGCAAGCCCCUGGGCUACCGCGCGGCGUUCCUGCGGCGGCCGCGCUGGUGCCCGCCGCGGCUCCUGGUCCUGCUCUGCGCCGACGGCUGCCAGCGGUGCGCGUUCGCCGCCGCGGUCGCGGGCGCGGCGGUCGCGGCGUCGUCGUCGCCCGACGCGCGCGCGCCGCUCCGCGUCGGCGUCGCGGCGGCCUACCUCGUCGUCGAGCUGCGCUUCCACGCGGCCCUCGGCUGGCACCGCGACGUCCUCUGCGCCUGGACGCUCGUCGCGGAGGCGCUGCCCGCGGGCUGCCGGCCGACGGCGCGCGUGCUCGCGCUCGCGCACUCCUACGGCGGCAGCGGCUACCGGCGCUGGCGCGCGGGCGGCGGGCCGGACGCCGCGGCGCUGCGCGCCGUCUUCGAGGGGGCGGCGACGGGCGGCAACGUCGUCGCGCCGCGCCUCGCGGAAAUCGGCCGCGACCUCCCGGACGCGGCGCUCGUGGCGCUGGACGGCGCGAGCCGCGCGGGCCUCGAGAUUUUGGGGGUUGGGUUUUUGAUCGCUGGACGGCGGUCUCCGGGCGUGAGAGGCGGCUUCCGGGCGGCCGCGGCGGCGUUCCACUUCGCCGUCGGCCUCGCGACGGCCAUCGACUUCCUCGAGAACCGCGUCGUCCUCCUCGCGGGGUUCGUCGGCGACGACGCGAGCGCGCCGGUCGCCGCGCCGUCCUGCUCGACGCUGGCCGCGCGGCUGUACGCGCUGGCGCUCUUCUUGCCCGUCGCGGCGGGCUGCGAGCACUUUCCUCUGACGCACAACGGCCUCUUCCCCUACUCGGGGUCGCAGAUGGCCGCGCUCCGGCGGAGUCUGGGCCGCGGCGCGCGCCUCGUCGCGACGCUGCCGGGCGCCGGCGACGUCGACCUCGCCGCGGCGUUCCUGGGCCUCGGGGCGGCGCAGCCCGCGCAGGUCUGGCACCCGGUGCUCGCGCCGGCCGCGCUCGCGUUCGCGGAGACGGGCGACGGCGCGAAACUCGCGGCGGACGCGGCCGCGUGGCUCCGGGACGCGCGGCCCCUCGUCGACCCGGCGACGGGCGCGUGCUUCGCGACGGCGGGGUUCGCGUACAAGGCGGCGGCGGGGGCGAGGGGCGAGGGGUAA